UGGAGCAGCAGCAGCAAUGCGGACGUCUUCGGGGCAAGGGAGGGAGCAAGUGUGGCUUUCACCGGCCGACGCGCGGAGCUCGGAACUGAGCUGGCGACACGCUUGGGCGGCGCUGAGGCCGGCACGGUGGUGUUCAUCGUGGCGGACCACGCUCGCCCGGAGGACUGUGCGCGGUGCGUGAAGGAGACCCUCGACGCCUUCGGCCGCAUCGACAUCCUCUUCAACAACGCAGGUGUGGUGCUCUUGGAUCGGACGGCGGAGCAGACGAGCGAGGACGAGUGGGACCAAGUGAUGCGCCUCAACGUCACCGGCGUGUGGCGCAUGUGCAAGGAGGUGCUGCCGGUGAUGCGGAGUCAGGGCGCAGGCUCGAUCAUCAACAACGCGUCUGACUGGGGCCUCGUCGGCGGCCGCGACGCCGUGGCCUACUGCACCUCCAAGGGCGCCGUCGGCAUCCGAAUCAACGCUGUGUGCCCCGGCGACACCUUCGUAACUCGGUGGGUCGACCGCGACAGGGAAAGGGUGUUGGAGCCUGAUGAAGACCCGGCUACGGUGAGUGACGCGGAGGUGGAGAUGCGACUCAAGAUCAGCCACGAAAUCCCCAUGCACCGAGUCGGCGAGGUCAAGGAGAUCGCGAGCGCGGUGCUGUUCCUGGCCAGCGACGAGUCCUCCUUCAUGACUGGCGUGGCCCUUCCGGUCGAUGGUGGUACGUAA